UUUUGUGUUGAUGUAAACAAAACAAGGUGUUGAAUUUUAAUACAUUCGACCAAAUACUAAAGAAAGAGUAAAUUCUGUUACCAAAUUUAGUAUUUUUUUAUAUUUAUUACAACAUUAUAUUUUCAUAUAAAGUAAAUAAAAUUUAUUUACUUUGUAAAAUUAAAUAUUGUAAUGGAUCCUGCACUGUUGAGAGAAAGAGAAGCAUUUAAAAAGCGUGCUCUAUCAACUCCUGUUGUUGAAAGUAAGAAGAAAGAAAAGAAUGUGUCGGAGAGGGAACCACCUAAAAAGAAACCAAAGUCUUCAUCACAACCAAAAGCACAAAAAGAUUUCAACUAUAAAACACAUGCUGGAAGUUCCCAGUAUAAUUUUGGUAUUUUAGCCAAAAUUGUGAAACAUAUGAAACAAAGGCACUUGAAUGGCGACACAUAUCCUCUGAGCCUAGAAGAAAUUCUAGAUGAAACCAAUCAAUUAGAUGUUGGCAUUAGACAAAAGAAUUGGUUGCUUAAUGAGGCUCUUGCAAGUAAUCCUAAACUACAAAUUGAUGCUGAUGGCAAAUAUCUUUUUAAGCCACCUUAUAAUAUUAAAGACAGGCGAAGUUUACUGAAGCUUCUUGAUAAACAUGAUCAACGAGGACUUGGUGGUAUACUCUUGGAUGAUGUAGCUGAAUGUAUUCCCAAUGUUGAAAAAGCUUUGAAAGUUCUUGGAGAUAGUAUUAUUGUUAUCACUCAACCAAUUAGCAAGAAAAAAGUUUUAUUUUAUAAUGACAAAAGCAUGCAGUUCAGUGUUGAUGAUGAAUUUCAGAAACUAUGGAGAAGUGUUGCUGUUGAUGGUUUAGAUGACGAAAAGAUUGAAGAAUAUUUACAGAAACAAGGUAUAACAUCAAUGCAAGACAUAGGAGUAAAGAAAGUUACUCCUGUGCAAAAGAGGAAAAAACCAUCCAACAGGAAGAGCAAUUUCAAGAAACUAAAUCAACAUAUGAGCGACAUAUUAGAAGAUUAUACAGAUAAAAACUGAAAUGUCAACUCUUGUUUAAAUACACAACAUUUGUGACAUGAAUCUACAUCAUAUGUUAUUUUUACUUUGUAUUUAUCUUUCAUCUGUAAGCAUGUCAUCAAUAAAGGAUAUUUGUAUAUA